AUAUCCCUAGAAAUUUGCAGAAGAGUUAGCGAUUGGUAAGCCCAUUUGCUUGUCGAAGAGUACAUCAUCGGAGCAUUAGAUAUGUGUCAUCAUCCAACAAAUAAGCAGGUUGGAUCACUGCAUCACAAUUUAUGCCAAAAUCACCCUAGAAAUUGCAUAUAAUUUCAGUCCAAAAUGAUAGAUAAAGCUGAUGAUAAUUUCGGUACCAUUACAUUGUUCCAAAACUAAGCCAUUCUUUGGAAGGAAACGUGUAGUAUCAUGACGUGCGUGACCCAAUAUUGGCUAUUACUAUUCAACUUGUUGAUUCUGUUUUCUGUUUUGGGGCUGGGGUUCCAUGUUUCCUUUCUCAGGUGCCUCUGGUGUCGGUAUCCGUAUAGUAUUGUAGUCGACUCCAACUAGGUCAUGUCCAAAUCGGAGAAACAGGUACACUCUAUCCGACUCAUAUGUCAGACUCGAGAAAAUCAAUCGAGACAGUAUAUAUGUCAAACUGUGUUAUAUUUCCCCGGCCCAGGCCAAGACCCAAGACCCAAGACCCGAUUGAUCAGCUGUAACCUGUAAUCGAAGACGCAAUUCAGAGGAAGAACACGUCGACGUACAACCAGCAGCAUCGAUCAUGGAAGCCCCGUAUGACGUGGUCCGCGAGAUCCUCAUCCGCGUCAAGGACGUGACUACGCUCUUCCGCUGCGCCACCACCUGCAAGGGAUGGUGCAGCCUCCUCGUCGCCGACACCUCCUUCCUCCGUCGCUGCUUGCCGGAGGACGACGCGGUAUCCCCCUUUUCCGGCUUCAUCGCCCAACGACACCGGUAUGCACCGUGCUUCCUCCCGGUGCCGCAUCCGGUGUUAGCCCCCCGUCCGGUGUUGUAUAAUGGUAGCCGCUUUCUCGACUCAUUAUUCCCUGGCGUCCCUACCGGCUACUUCGACAACGCGGUGCCCCUAACCUCACGCCGCGGCCUACUUCUCGUGCGCCUCAAACCACGCCGUGAGGCCGGCGAUCCUGAUCCAAGCGGCGUUUUCAUGGCCGUGUGUAACCUGCUUGCCGAUACGGUCCAUGAGCUCCCCCGUCUAGAGCAUUAUUGGGAUUUCCAAGAGGGCAAUCAAGUGACCGGCUACGCUCUACUUACCGCUGCGGACUGUUCUAGCUCCAACGACACUGGCGGGGUGGAGCGGCGGUUCGGCUUCUUCAAGGUGCUAAUCAUUACCAUCAACCAUAGGCAAGGACACUACAAUCUCCACACCUUCUCAUCACCCGGCGAGUCAGGAUGGAACAUGUGCUCCGGUAUCCACGGCAUCUCCGCAAUGCUUAGGCAACGCGAUGCGGUUGUGCUCCGUGGUGCGGCACACUGGCUCUUGUCCGGCGCGACAGGAACCUACACGCUAGAUGUGAGCGCCGAGACUGGCCAUGUCUCCUCUACAGAAAUGAUGGACGUAACAAUCUAUAGCUUUUGUAGAAAAUAUAAUGGCAAGCCAUACCUUACCGUCAACGGUGAGGGGAACCUCACGGUGCUCCGCCUACGGAAGGACGGUUGCUGGUUAGAAAUCUGGACAUCGCACGACAGCGGGAGAUCCUUUCAAACUUCAACCCUCAUGCUACAACGACCAGAACAACUGACGAAUUGGAAUACUCAGUACACUUGCUUGGGAGAGAAGGGCGGCAUGAUGCUCGUCAAGGUCAAGAAUAGACACGUCUAUGUUGUUGAUAUCAAGACAGGGGUGAUGAGGGAGGUCCCGGAUUGGCCAAGUAGUAACGCUCUGAACCGUAGGAAGAUUGUGCCCAUUGAGAUAGAUUGGACGGCCUUCUUUGCUUCUCGACUUGCAUAUGUUUUGCCUUAGAUUAUUUUGUAGCUGGAUUCAACUUACAUUAU